UGCAUCCUGACUUACUUCAUCAAUACUGCAUGCAGCUGUAGGGAGCUGGCUGUGUUAUGUGCUGCAAAUAUAGGGCUAGCAGUUCUCUCUCUCUUCUCCAGCUAUCCACCUCCAAAGAUACUCUAAGUGGAAUACAGUGCAGAGAAUUUGCUGUCCAGUUAAUGUCAGUUUUUGAAGGAUUUGGAGGAGCCAGAAGAAGGUCUGUGUAACAACUGUGACAUAUCCUGUUUUAUAAGGUUGUGAUGAAACCUUGCAGCAUCAACAGACGGACUCUUCCAACAAUACAGAACUCCUUAGCAUUAUGUUCCAGGCUUUUAUAGUAUCCACUCCACUAAAGCAUGGCUUAACAACAUCUGACCCAGGAUCUCUCUGUACGGGACCAUUGUAUGUUUGGUACAUUUUCUUUUCUUGCAUUUAAUUCAUCAUGGGGCGAUGCUUCUCCAAACCUAAACCAGUGGAAAUAAAAGUUGAAGUUGUACUACCUGAAAAAGAAAGGGAAAAAGAAGAAAUGUCUCCCAAUGGGAAAGCCAGUCCUCUUGCGUAUAAGACAAAUGGAACAACUCGACACUAUCACCAUGAGGAAAGACCCAUUGUUCUAAAUCCAUACACAAACCCCAAAGACGUGGUGGAAGCCUCUGUGUGCCAUGUAAAGGAUCUGGAAAAUGGACAGAUGCGGGAGGUUGACUUGGGAUGUGGUAAAGCUUUGCUAAUUAAGCAGAAUGGAGAAUACUAUGCAAUGGGACACAAAUGCCCUCAUUAUGGGGCGCCACUAGUGAAAGGGGUGCUAUCUCGAGGUCGAGUGCGUUGCCCAUGGCACGGGGCAUGCUUUAAUAUUGCAACUGGUGAUAUAGAAGAUUUUCCAGGGUUAGAUGGUCUGCCAAAAUUUCAGGUUAAAAUAGAGAAGGAAAGAGUAUAUAUUCGUGCAAGUAAACAGGCUUUACAGUCACAAAGACGGACCAAAGUUAUGGCGAAGUGUCUAACGCUCAGUAAUUAUAGUACAGCCAUUACUAAUAUUCUCAUAAUUGGAGCAGGACCAGCUGGCUUAGUGUGUGCGGAAACAUUAAGACAGGAGGGAUUUUCAGACAGGAUUGUAAUGUGUACGUCUGAGAAGUAUCUGCCGUAUGAUCGAUCCAAAUUAAGCAAAUCAAUGGAUUCUCAGGCAGAACAGAUUUUGCUACGAUCCAAGGAAUUCUUCCAUACAUAUGACAUUGAGGUUCUGACUGAAACCCAGGUUGUCAAUGUGGAUACAAAGAACAAGAUGGUUCUUUUUAAGGACGGCUUUAGAAUGGAAUACAACAAGCUGCUCAUCGCCACUGGUAGCACACCCAAAACGCUGACUUGUAAAGGAAAAGAACUGGAUAAUGUUUUCACAUUAAGAACUCCUGAAGAUGCCAACAGGGUAGUGAAACUGGCAAGCAGUAAGAACGCUGUCAUUGUGGGGGCAUCUUUCUUAGGCAUGGAAGUAGCCGCCUACCUGUGUGAGAAAGCUCAUUCCGUCUCUGUGGUAGAACUGGAGAACAUUCCCUUUAAGAAAUUUCUAGGAGAAAAGGUUGGACUAGCAAUCAUGAAGGUGUUUGAAAACAACAGGGUGAAGUUUUACAUGCAAACAGAAGUUUCUGAACUACGGGAACAAGAAGGAAAGCUGAAAGAAGUGGUGCUGAAGAGUGGGAAAGUCCUCAGAGCGGAUGUGUGUGUCAUUGGAAUAGGAGCAAGUCCUACUACUGGAUUUCUAAGGCAGAGUGGUGUUACCAUUGAUUCCAAAGGAUACAUUCCCGUUAACAAGAUGAUGCAGACAAACAUUCCUGGUGUCUAUGCUGCAGGGGAUGUUGUCAUUUUCCCACUAGCUUUUCGGAAUAACAAAAAACUCAAUAUACCUCACUGGCAGAUGGCACACAUGCAAGGCCGUAUCGCAGCACUGAACAUGCUGGCUCAAGGAACAGAAAUAAAUACGAUUCCUUACCUGUGGACGGCAAUGUUUGGGAAGAGCAUACGCUAUGCAGGCAAUGGGGAAGGUUUUGAUGAUGUCAUAAUACAAGGGGAUAUUGAGGAAUCAAAAUUUGUGGCAUUUUAUACAAAGCGAUCCAAAAGGAGGUUAUAUCCCAAUAGUAAGAUGACACCCUACGUAGAGCAAUGGAGGAAUGAUGAGGUCAUUGCAGUAGCCAGUAUGAACUAUGACCCCAUAGUAUCCAAGGUGGCUGAAGUAAUGGCAUCUGGAAAACCUAUACGCAAGCGGGAUGUUGAUGAUUUUUGUACAGAGCUAUUGACUAUAUUGUAUGCAGUUUGUAUGUCAGAGGACAGAUCAUUUCAGGCUGACUAGGAAACCAACCCGUGUCUGAGAAAGGAGUUUAUAGUGGAGUCAGUUUAAUAUAACCAAGGUGCUAUAGUUUAUAAAUGCUGCUUAGUCAAGUGGCUGCAAUUCUUGUAUCUAAUGCAGAUAUCUAAUUCAUUUUAGAUAUAUUGUCCUUAAAUUUACUGUAUGUUUUUAUUAUUUACACUUAAAAGCCAGUUAUAUAUGUCCCUUUGCCUGCUGUAAAUCCCCAUGGAGAAAGAAGGCACACUCUGUAUGGGAUCGGUAUGUGAUACCGCUGGCCGGGAUGCCGAAUGUCACUAUAACGACAUCAGCAUCCCGGGGGCUAGAAUGCCGGCAGGGGCGAGCGCAUCGAAGCCCUUUGCUGGUUCGGUGUCGAGCUUUGCCACAGGUUCUAUUCUCCCUCUAAGUGUCAUGGACACCCAUAGACGGGGAAUCACCUAUAUCACCAGUAUUCCGGCGGCGGUAUAGUACCCCAUCAGGAUACCUGUUGGUCAGUCAAUGUUGAUAUCCAUUUCCUGCUGUGCUGGUCUUUCCUCCUGGCCUUUCAUUGGUCCUAGUGGAGCAUACAAGGGGGUGGUAUGCAGUACUGUGUAUGUACUAAAAACACUAUCCAUUUACUGACUGGUACAUAUACAGCAUCAUAUUCGUAAAAUAAAUUCCAGACAAUGCCUUUAGUAGACUGGACUAGUUUGUAACAAGUCAAAAAUGUCCCCAAAUACUGUAUAUCACAUAAGUGAUUGCUAGUUUGUAACUACCGCUGCCUGAGUAUGACUGUACCAGCAUAUGGAAUGUAUAUUUGUAUGUACUGUAUAUAAACUGGGAGAGUGUAGUUGAUAGGUGGAUGUUGUUAGUUAAUGUUAGUUAAACUAUAAGAUUUGGAAGGGUGACCUACAAAACUUACUUUGGGAUUGAAACUAUUCCUCUCUAUUUAAGAAUCAAUGAAGAGUGGAUUAAAGUGUACUUACCGCUGUCACAUUUGAUUUCUCAUGUAUCUUGCUAAAUAAUGCAGUUAUUUUAUUAGGGAAAAAAUUUCUGAUUUAUAUUUUCAAAGUUUUUGGGAGACAGUAGCAGCAUAUUCUUUUUUUUAUUCUCUUUUAGGUUGUUGCUAUUACUUUAUGAUGGUUCUUUGGAAUGAAAUAAA